AUCACCAAGUUUCCAUCCUGUCUGACUAUACGAUAAAUCCGCGCACGUGCACCUUAUUCACUUUAUAUGAGGUACUGGCUCAUCAUCAGAUGCUCUAGGUAGACCUGUACAAUGACUGUUUAUUCGCAAAGUCAACAUGCUCAACGUGUGAUAUUCCACCUAACAGCUCGGUUGAUCGGUACAAUGAUCAGCCGCAGGGCCUAACGCUGAGUCACCGAAUAUGUACACAGUCAUCAGAUCACCUUUCAUAUAUAUUGGUAGCGAUAUUUUGGCAAUCAGAUCUUGGAUUGAGUGCUGUUAUCCUCCCGAAAUCGCAUUUCCUGACUAUACACUCGAAUCACUUUAACAAACAUCAAAUCACGACUACAAUGACGGACGUAGAGAAUGCGCUCUCCGUAGCAGAACGAGGGGAACUGAGGCGCUCCCUGGCAGCUACAAAAGACCCAUACAUCGCCGCAAUCCCAAAAGUCGAACUCCACAUUCACAUAGAAGGUAUCAUAAGUGCAGAUCUGAAGUGGAAGUUCUCGCAGCGGAAUGGCCAACCAACCAUCAACCCACGAACCGGUCAAUCCUUCUCUUCACUUGCUGAGCUUCGGGAUUCACAUGACACCUUAAAGCCGCGUACGGGGAACCGCAUGGACAACAGUGAAGAGACUUUGUCCUUUUUCGAGGCUUACUAUGGUGGCUUUGAGGCCCUCAAGACUCAGCAGGACUAUUAUGAUCUUGCUAUGGAUUACUACGAACAUGCAGCAGCGACGAACGUGCGAUAUGCAGAGAUUUUCUUUGAUCCGCAAGGCCAUACGCGCGUUGGGACGAGUUGGGAGAUGAUGAUGGAAGGUUUCCGAGCAGCGCAGCGGAAAGCUGAGCAGGACCUCAACGUGAAGUCUGCUUGGAUCAUGUGCUUCCUUCGGGAUGAAACACCAGAGUCCGCAAUGGAACACUAUGACGCAGCACUCAAAUACCGCGAUAUGAUAGUAGGAAUUGGCCUCGACUCCAAUGAAGUUGACAGACCACCAUCGCUAUUUGAUGAAGUCUUCGUAAGAGCUAGGAAUGAUGGCUUCCGUCUUACGGCGCACUGCGAUGUUGGCAAGCCCUAUCCUCUCGAACACAUCCAUCAGGUGGCGACGAGUAUUGCAGGCACAGGGGCCGAUAGAAUCGACCACGGACUCAAUGCUGCUAGCGAUACAGAUCUCAUGACUCUAAUCAAGGGAAAAGACCUCGGCAUGACAAUCUGUCCUUGGUCGUACAUCCGCCAUCAACCAAUGGACGAGGUUUUCCAGCGAAUUCGAACUCUCUUCGACGCUGGCAUUAAGAUUGCUAUUGCAAGCGACGAUCCAGCGUUUAUGGACGACACAUGGGCGCUGGAGAAUUUGCUAGUGGUGAAGAGGUCCUGUGGCUUUACAAAUCUAGAGAUUCAAAGGCUGGCGGAGAAUGCUAUAAAGAUGUGCUGGACUUCUGAAGAUGCGAGAGAGGAGAUGUUACGCGAGCUGUAUAACAUCGAACCGGGAACUUAGAUAGCUCAGUGGCAUUGCUAUAUUCGCUAUGCAAUUAGACAUUGU